AAGUAUUAGUUAUUAGGUGAGUUAGAGAAGCAUUAAUCCAUGAAAGCACGCACCAAAUCAAACUCCCUCACUCUUGUGUGUGUCAUUGAAUGCUUUACCGAACGAAGUGAGCAAGAGCAACAAACCCUCUUCUCCUUUUCUCUUCACAUAUUUCAACCUUACCCUUACCUUCUUUUUCCCACUCCUUUUUUUCUCCUCCUCCUCCUUCUUCUCUAUCACCUCCUCCACUUCAGGGAAUUAAUGGAAUGCGUGCAAGGAGCUUUGGUAGGCGGGUUUGAGCCUGAGACUGUUUUCAAGAGUACUGCGGCGUUUAUGGAGGACUUUUUGGGCUCUAACGGCGUUCCUAACGCCGUUUCCGGCGAUGACUUGUUCGUUGACGAACUCCUCGACUUCUCCAAUGACUUCUCCGAAGAAGAAGAAAUAGAAGAAGACGAAAAGCCCCUGCAACCGGAGGAAUUCGAACAUCACAAGAACAAAUUUUGCUCUGUUUCUCAACAAAUGCAAACCCCGCCGGAAAAAAGUGGUCUUUCUGCAAACGACGAUUUUGAUUCUCUCCCUGAAACUGAAUUACCCCUUCCGGCCGAGGGGUUGGAGAGUUUGGAAUGGCUAUCCCAUUUCGUGGAGGAUUCGUUUUCCGAUUAUUCCCUCACCGGAAAAUUGCCUCCGAACCCGGCGUCGAAGCGGCCCGAAACCGUUACGGCAGCCCAGGAACAACCCUGUUUCACAACUCCGGUUCAAACAAAAGCCCGAACGAAGAGGGCCCGAACAGGGGUCCGCGUGUGGCCGGUUUUGUCGCCUUCGUUCACCGAAUCCUCCACCUCAUCCUCAUCUUCAUCCUCCACGACUUCCCUUUCGCCCCAGUACGCCUGGACCGGUGAGUCCUUCCUGGGGUACCCGCCGCCGGUGAAGAAGCAGAAAAAGAAAAGGGCAGACUCCGGCGCCGCCGUACCGGCCCAGCCGAGGAGGUGCAGCCACUGCGGCGUAACGAAGACGCCACAGUGGCGGGCCGGGCCGCUCGGGUCGAAGACGCUUUGUAACGCUUGUGGGGUGAGGUUCAAGUCGGGUCGGCUCCUACCCGAAUACCGACCCGCGUGCAGCCCGACUUUCUCGACCGAGAUGCACUCGAACAACCACCGGAAAGUAUUGGAGAUGAGGCGCAAAAAGGAGUCGGAAACUGAAGCCCCCGCCGGAGUGGGCCCACCGGUUCAGAGUUUUUGAAGGUAUCAAUUUUAGGAGAAUAGAGAAACCGAAAGAAAAGUGGUAGGAAAUUAAAGAACCGGAGUGAUUUAGUCCGGUCCGGUUGAAUUAGUGUACAUUAUUAUUAUUAUCGAGGAGGGAGGCAUGUGGUGGUGAGGUAGGUUACCUAGGCUGAUUAAUUAGGAGAGACUUUAAUGUUUUAUUUAUUGUAAUUCGAAUUAAAAUUUCAAAUAUUUGAAUCAUUUCCUCUUCUUCUCUAG